CUCGAGUUCGCUACAGCUAUGGCCUCGAAGGGAUCUCUUGUGCAGACUGCCGUCGUAGUCCCUGCACCCACGACCGUCCGCGGUCAGUCGACCAAGCUCUACGCGACCCCGGACGGCAAGCACAUCGCGUACGGCGCCGGGCGCACGGCCGUCAUCCGGCCCAUCGCCGACGGCGACGGCGAGACGAGGUUGUUCGGCCACGCGCACAACGUGACGGUCGUCAAGCCGCUCAGCGCCUACUAUGCCGCGUCGGGCGACGCUGCCGGCAACGUCAAGGUGUGGGACACGACGGGCAACUACUCGCUCAAGCUCGAGGCCAAGCCGCUCGCCAAGAUCAACGACAUUGCGGUCGACGCCGAGGGCAAGCGGCUCGUCGUCGUCGGCGAGGGCCGCAGCGGGUUCGGCGCCAGCUUCAACCUCGACACGGGCAGCUCGAUCGGCGAGAUCAGCGGCCACUCCAAGGUCGUCAACGGCGUCGCCAUGAGGGGCUCGAGGCCGUUCAGGGCUGUCACGGGCUCGGACGACUUCUCGACGUGCUUCCUGCACGGCGUCCCGUUCAAGUACGCCUCGACCUCGCGCCGCCACUCGCGCUUCGUCCAGUCGGUCGCCUACUCGCCCUCGGGCGCCCUGUUCGCCUCGGCCGGCUCGGACGGCCAGGUCCUCCUGUACGACGGCACGACGGGCGAGGACAAGGGCGCGCUCGUCGACGCCGACGGCCCCGAGGAGCAGGCGCACGCCAAAACGGUGUUUGCCGUCGCGUUUGCCGCCGACGGCAAGACGGUCGCGACGAGCGGCGCCGACGGCGUCACCAAGCUGUGGGACGUUGAGAGCGCCAAGGUGCUGCAGAAGUGGGCGUUUGACGAGGGCGACGAGGUGUCGUCGCAGCAGGUCGGCAACGUCUUUGUCGGCACCUCGCUCGUGUCGCUGUCGUUCUCGGGCACGCUUCACGUCCUCGACCCGUCGUCGUCGACCCCGGUGCGCGCCCUCGUCGGGCACCAGAACCCGGUCACGGCGCUCGCCGUCGCGGCGCCCAACGCCGACACAAUCGUCAGCGGCGACUCGGCGGGGCGGGUCCUCGCCACGGGCUUGAAGGGCGGCGCUGCGGGCGCGGUCAAGGCGGUCGAGGGGCAGGGGCACAAGGGCCUUGUGGUCGACGUCGUGCAGACGCAGGAGGGCGGGUUCGUGUCGGCCGGUUACGACGACGUCGUCAAGGGCCUGUCGAAGGAGGCGUUCUCGUCGGCGUCGCUCCCGACCUCGUCGCAGCCCAAGGCGCUCGCCUCGGCCGCACCUACCUCCUCGGCCCUCCUCCUCGCCACAGUGUCCUCCGCCUCGCUCCUCUCCUCGUCGGGCUCCUCCCUCUCGUCCACCACCGACCUCGCCCUCCCCUCGUCCUCGUCGUCCGCGUCGCUCCUCGCCGCCGCGCUCUCGCCCUCGGGUGACUUUGCCGCCCUCUCGACCGACGACGCCAAGGUGCACCUGUUUGACGGCGCGGGCGCGUUUCAGCGCAGCAUCGAGCUGCGCGCCAACGCGACCGCGCUCGCGUUCGGCGUCGCCAAGGGCGGCUCGCCCGUCGUCGCCGUCGGGCUCCAGACGGGCAAGAUCCCGCUGUACGACCCGGCGUCGGGCGAGCUCGUGCAGAACCGGUGGGCCGACAUCUCGGCGCGCGUCACGUGCCUCGCGUUCGAUGCGCAGCAGGGCAAGAAGCUCGCGGCGGCGUCGCUCGACGAGAGCGUGCGCGUGUACGACGUCGACGCGCCGUCGGCCAUCCUGAGCCUCAAGAACCUUCACCGCGGCGGCGUCAACAAGGUGGCGUGGGCGGGCGAGGGCAAGCUCGUGAGCGGCGGCGCAGACGGCGCGAUCCGGGUGCUCGAGGUCAAGAGUGCAUAGACGGCGAGGCGGCACUAGAAGGACUGUAUAGCCUUGCGAGCGC